AUGGGAGACGACAAAUAUAAUAGAAAUGCCUUAGUCAAUCGGACAUUACCUCAGAUGCAGCUAGCGAAUGGCUUGAGCAACUCAGCACCUCCCUCAACUGAUACUGAAAAGGAUUCAUCAGUCACAGGCGGAGCAGGCACUCUAGCUUUACAAGGAGCUCGUGCCCUUCUCGAACACGGCCUUAGUGGAUUAGCUCUAUAUGAUAUCAGUCCAAAAGACGAUCAUCCUGGCAUAUCCGCCUUGAGGGCAGACUUUCCUAGUGCCAAGAUCCUAUUGAAACAAGUUGAUGUCACAAACGUGGAAAUUUUGAAUCAAGUUAUCGAUGAGACAGCAUCAACCUUAGGAAGUAUUGAUAUAUUGUGUUGCUACGCAGGUGUUGUCGGAUGUGUGCAUGCGCUCGAUAUAAGUGUCGAUGAAUGGAGACGCACUUUGGAGAUCAAUACAACUGGGGCGUUUCUAUGUGCACAAGCUGUUGCUAAAAAAAUGGUUGAUCAAAAAACUGGUGGUUCCAUUGUGUUCAUUGCAUCGAUAUCUGGUCAUACUGUUAAUUAUCCUCAACCUCAAAUCGCUUACAAUGUCUCCAAAUCUUCUUUACUUCAUAUGAAAUCAUGUCUUGCAGCUGAGUGGUCUCGAUACGGUAUCCGUACGAAUACCAUCUCUCCUGGUUACAUGGAUACUAUUCUCAAUGAAGGUGAUGGAUUAGAAGACGCAAGGAAUAUUUGGACAUCCAGAAAUCCAAUCGGUAGGAUGGGAAAUCCAGAAGAAUUGAGUGGAGCUUUGGUACUAUUAUGUAGUGGAGCGGGAAGUUAUAUUACUGGAGCUGAUCUGAUUGUCGAUGGAGGUCAAACUAUCUUUUGA